AUGGUGGGCUUGGCCAAGAUCGCCAUGGGAUGGCUCAAAGAGCCACUGAGCUGGCUUUUCAUUGCCUCCGUGGUCUUCGUGGUGCUGCAGCGGCAGCGGCGGCGUGGCAAGGCCAAGGCGCCGCCGCUGCCUCCGGGGCCGUACCCGCUGCCGAUCGUCGGCAACAUGUUCAUAAUGGACCAGCUGACCCACCGGGGCCUCGCGGCUCUGGCAAAGCGGUACGGCGGCAUUCUCCACCUCCGCCUCGGCCAGGUCCACGCCGUCGUCCUGUCGACGCCGGAGUAUGCCCGGGAGGUGCUGCAGGCGCAGGACGUCGCCUUCUCGAACCGGCCAGCCACGGUCGCCGCCAUCUACCUCACCUACGACCGCGCCGACAUGGCGUUCGCGCACUACGGGCCCUUCUGGCGCCAGAUGCGCAAGCUGUGCGUGAUGAAGCUCUUCAGCCGGCGCCGCGCGGGGACCUGGCUCGCCGUGCGCGACGAGUCCGCGGCGCUGGUCCGGGCCGUGGCACGGCGGAGCGGCGAGUGCGUGAACCUCGGCGAGCUCAUCUUCAACCUCACCAAGAACGUCACCUUCCGCGCCGCGUUCGGCGCCGACGCCGCCGGCGACGCCGUGAAGCGGGACGAGUUCAUCGCCAUCAUGCAGGAGUUCUCCCAGCUCUUCGGCGGGUCCAGCAUCGGCGACUUCAUCCCGUGGCUCGGCUGGGCGGACCAGGGCCUCAACGUGCGCGCCCGCGCCGCGCGCGCCGCCCUGGACGAGUUCAUCGACAGGAUCAUCGACGAGCACAUGAGGAGAGGCAAGAACCCCGACGACGUGGACGCCGACAUGGUGGACGACAUGCUCGCGUUCCUCCCUGAGGCGAAGCCGAAGAAGACCGCUGGCGACGACCUGCAGAACUCGCUCCGCCUCACUCGUGAAAAUAUCAAGGCCAUGAUCAUGGACGUGAUGUUUGGUGGGACGGAGACGGUGGCAUCGGGGAUCGAGUGGGCAAUGACGGAGAUGAUGCACAGCCCCGACGACAUUUGUCGGCUGCAGCAGGAGCUCGCCGACGUGGUGGGUCUCGACCGGAACGUGGACGAGUCAGACCUCGACAAGCUCCCCUUCCUCAAGUGUGUAAUCAAGGAGACACUCCGGCUACACCCGCCCAUCCCGAUUCUCCACCACGAGAACGUCGAGGACUGUGUCGUCGGUGGCUAUUCAGUGCCCCGGGGAUCCAGUGUCAUGAUCAACGUAUUCGCCAUUGGCCGCGACGCCAAGGUGUGGAAGGACGCCAACAUGUUCCGACCGUCGAGGUUUAUGGCGGGGGAAGGGGAGGCCGCAAGGGUUGACUUCAAGGGCAACUGCUUUGAGUUCCUGCCAUUCGGGUCCGGUCGCCGCUCGUGCCCCGGGAUGGCGCUUGGCAUCUACUCACUGGAAUUUGCUGUCGCGCAGCUCGCCCACGGGUUCAGCUGGGCGCUGCCCGACGGCAUGAAGCCAUCGGAGCUCGACAUGACUGACAUCUUCGGUCUCACCGCGCCACGCUCCACUAGGCUGUGUGCAAUGCCCACACCCCGGCUUACUUACCCUUUGGUCUCUGAUGUCGAUGCCACGCCCAAGGCGUGA